AUGGGCAAAUCAGGACAACAAGACGGUGAAGGCCAACAGCCUAUCACACCCACACCAGAGGAGUUACAGGAAUUGUAUGACCUACGGGCCCAGAAGGCAAAUCAGGUAAAGCCUGAACAGUCACGGCCCAAGAAGAUCUUCAAAUUCGCUAUGCCCUCAUCGACAGUCAACAUCCCUACACUUAAGGGAGCAUCCAAUUGGGACCGCUGGUACCAAACGGUGUAUGGUUGCUGUCAGAUAGCUGGAAUACACUCGAUCCUCGCUGGAACACUAACCCAGCCACAAGGGGACGAAGAGUACGAUGAAUGGGAGUCCGCUAACUCAUGGAUUGAAGGCAACAUACGUAUGUCUCUUGAGUCAGGUGGCCAUGCCCACAUCGCAGGUAUCCAUGGUGCACACAACAUGAUCAAAGCACUCGAAGGUGCAUACAAAUCCAAAGGAUACACCUCCCGUGAAGUACUGUGGAGGACCAUUAGCCGUGCAAGCUUAGCUGACUACAAAGGAGUCACUGAGUACGUUGAGGCAAUCAAACAGGCCAAAACAAAACUCGCUGAGUUAGGCCACCAUUACACGUGGGAGAUCACAACAUCCUUCCUUCAUGGACUUCCCUCCUCUUACGAAUCAUUUGUGGAAAUCGUCUUGAACAGCCGAGGCAAAGACGCCAACGGAAGGCUGUUGGAACCAGAUUUCGACUAUAUCGUCGAACAACUCCUUGAUAGGGAACGUCGUCAGAAACUGACUAGUACCAAUGACUCCAAUGGCAAGGCCAUGUUCACAAACAACAAGAACAAGGGGAACGGCGGCAAUGACCGCAACAACAACAACAAUUACAACCCCUGGCCCAAGUGUGACGACUGUGGUCGCCACCAUGGUAGGACUUGCUGGCUAUCCAACCCCGAUCAGGCCUCCGCUGAGUGGGUUGAAAGAAACAAGGACCGUAUCGAGGAAUUCAAGAAGAAGAAAAAGGCUAGCAAGCCUGCUACCUCCACCGGAUCCACCGAAAAACCAAAAAUAGCAAGGGCGGCCUGUGCGAAGGCUGUCACGACAUCACGUGACGACGGCUGGUAUUUCGAUAAUGCAGCCUCAUUCCACAUGACAUAUUCCGAAGCCUAUUUCGUUGAGGAACCAACACCCCUCGAAAACCCCAUCCCAGUCGAGACUGCUGACGGGAGGAUACUGGAGGCCACUGCCGUGGGCAAUGCCCUGCUGGAGACCCUCAUUGAGAAUGACGACGGCGAGGACGAAGAAUGCAUGCUCACACUUGCAAACGUCCACUACGUCGAAGGUCUAUCCACAAAUCUACUCUCCCUAGGCACGUUCCAACGUAACGGCCUCACUUACACCGGAAAGGGGGACCGUCUGAGGGUCUAUGACGACAAUGACGACACCGUCCUUGAGGGAGAACUGAUAGACACACUUUGCAAGCUGAGACUCACAUCAUUUGAAGCUGCAAUGGCCAAAGAGAUCGCCAUGGCCGCGGUUAUCAAAAAAGCAACCACCGAAAGGCAACAGCCAUUGAAUGGCAUCAAGCAUUGGGCCACCUGA